AGGAAGAAGAAGAAGAAGAAGGAUAGGCAAUGGAGAUUAGGGUCAAGUGCGGUUGCGAAGAAGAGAAGUGCGGAGAGUGGGCGAUCGUGGAAAUCCAAGGCGUCAUCGAAACUCAACCUUCAUUCCAUGGAUCCCUCCAGAAUCUGGAGAUCGGCCAUCUCUGUCGCUCGGAUUCAUCCCAGGAAACGUACACUUUCACCAUCGGGUACCAUGAACUGACAGGUUCGAGGGUGACUCUGAAGAAGCCUUUGCUGGUUCUGAAGAAGGUACGGAAGUGUACGGAUGGAGAUCCAUCGAAAACAGGGGUAGAACUUGAAGUUGCAGGGAUAAUAAGGAGCAAGAUCUUGUUCAAGACCAGACCUAAACCCCUGAUUUCUGGAGCACAGCAACCUGCAAAAGAGAUUGGGAGCAGACCAUAGACAGAAACCUCUCAGGUCUGCUUACUUGGGAGUUGUUGUCUCAACAUGUAACUGUUCACUGUGCGAUGGGGAACUACUGCUUAGAUCAAAUCAUUGCCUCCAUGGGAAUUCUGUGUUGUAUGGCCAAAAUGAUGCAAGAGCUUGGUUUUUCAUCCACUCAUAGCUGAAGACAUUAGAAUGGUGGUUUCUGUCUGAUCCGUGUGUAUCUUUACCCUUAGUUCCUCGCUUGCAAACCGACCAUUGGAUUUGAAUUACUUGGUAGUUUGUGACUGUCUCUGUGAGUGCAGCUUCAAACAUGUAAAACCCUUUCAUCAAAUUUCUGUAGAUCCAAAGCAAAGAUGCAGCUUCAAACAUGGGAUUAGGUUGAUUCA